AUGUUGAUUCCAAAGGAAGAAAGAACUAAGAUUCACAGAUACUUGUUUCAAGAAGGUGUUGUUGUUGCAAAAAAGGAUUUCAACCAACCAAAACACGAAGAAAUUGAUACCAAGAACUUAUAUGUCAUUAAGGCUUUACAAUCUUUAACUUCUAAAGGUUACGUCAAGACUCAAUUCUCUUGGCAAUAUUACUACUACACCUUAACCGAAGAAGGUGUUGAAUAUUUAAGAGAUUACUUACAUUUACCAGAACACAUUGUUCCAGGUACUUACAUUCAAGACAGAUCUCAAAACCAGAGACCACAAAGAAGAUACUAA